AUGUCACGUUGGUACCAAGCUACAGGUACAUCAGUGUGUGUUACCCAAAUGGGACCGUUACUAUGGGCACUACAGAAUUAUGUAUCACUACGGAUCAUUACCUACUUGGCCCCGGUAUUGCUGAUGUACAAGUUCCGGUUGAUCAAGCACACAGGUCCCCAGUCUCGAAUACGCCUUCGAUCUUACAGCGAAUCUACUCCGAUUGUCGAUGCGAGUAACCAUGUCAUUGGGGUAAUUGCAAACCACCCUAACGACCCCUACUGGCAAGAUCUUCAGCGCCAGGCCUCUGCUGCCAUUGAGGCUCGACGCGAUCGGUGUUGCAUCCCAAUCGAGGACGAAACUCAUCGUCAAGGAGCCUUCAUUUCUCUCAAUUGUGGCGUAUCACACGGAGGUGGUCGAAAAAUGCCGGGCAACGUUAAGAAUUCCAAGCCAAACGCCGAAGUCCUGGCCGAGUUAAACGCAAUGGAACCGUUCCAGAGAUUCUCCAGUUUCGCAUCAUCUGUCAUGUAUACGUGGGCAAACCAGCUCUAUCAGUACUAUGCCACAACGCUUUCAAAACUACAUUCCAAACACCCCAAGCUCCGUCGCAUCUUCCCUGACAGCAUCUUUAGUGCUGUGUCGUAUAAUUUUGGCCCAUGGACAACCUGCUUCCAGCACAAGGAUUUCGCAAACCUUGCGUUUGGCUGGUGCGCCGUAACCGCCCUGGGAGACUUCGACUACACAGCAGGAGGCCAUUUGAUAUUAUGGGAGCUUAAGAUUGUCAUCGAGUUCCCACCUGGGUGCACCAUUUUAUUCCCCUCAGCCCUGAUUACACAUUCCAACGUGCCCAUCAAGGAAACAGAACGUCGCUAUUCAUUUGCGCAGUACACAGCGGGCGGAAUCUUUCGAUGGGUAGAGAAUAACUUCAUGACGCGUGAGCGUUAUUUGGCGAAGCUGACUUGA